GCGGCUAGAGUCGGAGCCCCAGCUACGCUGCACAGACAACAUAUCUGGUUCCUUGACAAGGCCACAGCCUCCUCCUGAAGAUGUGCUCCACAAACCCAGGCAAUUGGGUCACCUUUGAUGACGACCCUGCUUUUCAGUCUUCUCCAAAGUCCAAGAAUUUCCCUCUGGAGAAUCAAAGUGUCUGUAGACCAAAUGGACUUAAACUGAACCUGCCUGGUCUCAGAGAAUUUCCCAGUGGGCCUUCCUCCACCAGCAGUACCCCGCUGUCUUCUCCCAUUGUUGAUUUUUACUUUAGUCCGGGACCUCCAAGUAAUUCUCCCCUUUCUACACCAACCAAAGACUUCCCAGGUUUUCCCAGCAUCCCUAAAUCAGGGGUUCAUGUCCUUUAUCCCAUUCCAGAAUCUUCUCCAAACUGUCCACUUGUGCCAGCAGGAACAGGUUCCUCCUUAUUGUCUACUAAGUCCACCUGUGUCUCCCAGGCUUUCGUACCUAAGGACCCCUCAUGUACACCUCCAGCUCCCAGAGUGGGUCUCUCAGAUGAAACGAGUCCUCAGCAGGCUGAAGGUGGAGGUCUGCAAAGUGAUGCUCCCCAGUUUCAGUAUUUUCAGGAGGACUGCGCUUUUUCAAGUCCAUUUUGGAAAGAUGAAGGCAGCACUUCUCAGUUCACCUUUGACCCCUUGGGAAGCAGAAAGACUUUCUCAUCAAGAGACAGGGAGAUGCCUAUGGAUCAAAAAAGCCUAAAUAAAUGUUCCCUUGACUACAUCUGUGAGAAGCUUGAACACUUCCAGUCAGCCGAGCACCAAGACCCUCUUGGAAAUUUGUCUGCGCAGUGUCCCUAUGCCGAAGACUCUAUCUCUUCCUUUGUCCCCCAUACGCUUUUCAGGAGUCAGCCCAAAGCCGGAUGGUCCUUCAUGCUGAGAAUCCCUGAAAAGAAGAACAUGAUGUCUUCCCGGCAAUGGGGCCCAAUUUUUCUGAAAGUCUUACCCGGAGGAAUUUUGCAAAUGUAUUAUGAGAAGGGCUUGGAGAAGCCAUUCAAAGAGUUCCAGCUUGACCCACAUUGCAGACUUUCUGAACCCAAAGUUGAGAACUUUAGUGUGGCGGGGAAAAUCCAUACUGUGAAGAUUGAACAUGUGUCUUACACAGAAAAAAGGAAAUACCAUUCUAAGACAGAAGUCGUUCAUGAACCAGACGUAGAGCAGAUGUUGAAGUUGGGGUCCACAGAGUACCGGGACUUCCUGGACUUUCUGACUACUGUGGAGGAGGAGCUGCUGAAGCUGCCAGUCGUUCCCAAACCAAAGAAGAACUAUGAGGAGCAAGAAAUUUCCCUGGAAAUUGUGGACAACUUUUGGGGUAAAGUCACAAAAGAGGAUGGGAAAUUGGUUGAAAGUGCUGUCAUAACUCAAAUCCAUUGCCUCUGCUUUGUGAAUGGGAACGUGGAGUGCUUUUUAACCUUGAAUGACCUUGGACUGCAAAAGCAAGAUGAAUGCUGUUUUGAAAAAGAUCCAGAAAAGAAGUGGAUCGAGAUUCUUGACUACCAUUUUCAUAAGUGUGUGAAAGGACAAGAAUAUCAGCAGUCAAGAAUCGUUAAGUUUGUCCCUCUUGAUGCCUGCCGGUUUGAGCUGAUGCGUUUUAAGACUUUGUAUGAUGGGGACGAGCUUCCCUUUUCUGUGAAGUCCAUCGUGGUUGUCCAAGGCGCCUACGUGGAACUUCAGGCCUUUGUCAACAUGGCCCCGUUGGCUCAGAGGCCAUCCCACUCUACUUCCUUGAGGUGCUGUGACAAUAUAAUGAUACACUUUCCUGUCCCGUCUCAGUGGAUCAAGGCUCUCUGGACCAUGAACCUCCAGAGGCAGAAGUCCCUGAAAGCCAAAAUGAACCGCAGGGCCUGUCUGGGGAGUUUACAUGAACCUGAAUCUGAACCUGUCAUUCAGGUCACUGUGGGGUCAGCCAAAUAUGAGAGUGCCUACCGGGCUGUGGUGUGGAAGAUAGAUCGGCUUCCUGAUAAAAAUUCAAGUAAAUAUUCAACACCUAAGUUGAUUUUCUUAGGAAAUAACAUAAAUGUUUUUUCCCUUCUCCUUGGGUUGCAACCAGGCAGAGACAGAUGGUAACUUGUCAGCUGAGGC